CUAAUAUAAGUAGAGAAACCCUGAAACUACCAUCGACUCACCGGACCACCAAUAAUCACCGGCGGUAAUCAGAUUCUCCUACGAGCCCUGGGUUUCAAACCACUGAAGCAGCUGCAAACAGCUUGAGGAUCUUGAUGGGAAAAUUUGAGAUAGCAGAAGAGGUGGAAGGAGAUCGCGUCGGCUCUAACGAUUACUACUUCGACAGAAUCGGCGAACCUCUCUCUAUCAAGGAAGAAGACGCUCAGUACGAUCUCGAAAACCCUCCGUCGCAGCCCCUCGCUAUCUCCGAACGCCGCGGCUUAGUUUUCAUCGCACAUUCCUCCGGGUUUCUUGUGGGAAGGACCAAGGAUGUGAUUGCUGCUUCCAAGAACAGUAGUAGGGUUUGUGUCCAGGAGAUAGCUCUUGUGGAUGUUCCUGUAGGGGACGUUCGUAUAUUGUCGCUCUCAGCUGAUGAUUCGAUUCUCGCGGCCUCUGUCGAUGAUGAGAUUCACUUCUUCUCUGUGGAUUCACUUCUUAACAAGGAUGCAAAGCCUUCUUUUUCUUAUUCACCUGAUGAGUCAGGCUUUGUUAAGGAUUUUCGGUGGACAAGGAAAGAUAAACAUUCUUAUCUUGUUCUUUCAAGCAAUGGGAAGCUCUUUCAUGGAUCUGAUAGUGCACCCCCUAAACAUGUUAUGGAUGGUGUUGACGCCGUUGCAUGGAGUUCAAAAGGGAGCUAUAUUGCUGUGGCUCAAGAUAAUAGCCUGCGUAUUUUGUCGUCAAAGUUUAACGAGAAGCGUUGCAUAGCACUAUCAUUUGACUCAUGGAUUGGUGAUUCUGAUGAAAACUGUGUUGUGAAAGUUGAUUCUAUCAAAUGGGUACGCCAGAACUGUAUUCUGCUCGGAUGCUUUCAGCUGAUUGAUGGCAUGGAAGAAAAUUACCUCGUUCAGGUUAUCAGGAGUCCAGACGGGAAGAUUACUGAUGGUUCGUCUAAUCUGGUUGCUUUAUCAUUCUCUGAUUUGUUUCCAUGUUCAAUGGAUGAUCUUGUUCCGGUUGGUGUUGGACCUCAUUUACUCUUUAGCUACGUAGACCAAUGCAAACUGGCGAUCACAGCAAACAGGAAGAGCAUAGAUGAGCAUAUUGUUUUGCUUAAUUGGUCACCUGGUGAUGAUGAAAGUGCAGUUUCCGUUGUUGAUAUUGACCGAGAGACCUUUUUGCCAAGGAUUGGGCUCCAAGAAAAUGGAGACGACAACAUGAUCAUGGGACUCUGUGUCGAUAUGGUUUCUGUUGAGGGGACCGUUAAUGUCCGUUCCGGAGGUGAUGAACUGAAAGAACUCCCUCCAUUUUGUGUUCUCGCAUGCCUCACUUUGGAAGGAAAGCUGGUCAUGUAUAAUGUUGCUAGUGUUUCAGGACUCCCAGAUUCAUCUGACGUUGAUUUGGCUUCUUCUUCUGAUAUAGAAGAUGCUUAUGCCCCUUCAGUUGGAGAUGAUCUUCCUGGACAAUCUUCGGAAGAGUCUGAACAACAACGAAAAUUUAAUUUUUCGGUACAAAAUGAAGAGAAACACCUCAACUCAGAGAAUUCAGUUUCUCUGUUGCCUACCGAACAAAGGUUCCAAAAGGAAGAAAUUUCUAAGAAGGAAACUGAGUCUGUAAAAAGUUCAGUGUCUGGGGACAACAACGUGAAACAAGAACCCUAUGCUGGAAAAUUAUUACAAGCCGCAGAUGGUCAACAAAGCAUAAUUCCUCGGCAGUUCGGAACAAGUUCUGUACAACCUCCUUCGUCCGUAGGAUUUGAAACCAAAAUUUUUGCAGGACUCGGUCAUAUCUUCCCUGUUCCUGAUAAACCUCAGAAAGAUAUAACGGAGCAGUCUAACUCUAUGAAUUUUCAGACCAGUUUUGGGUCAAAGAGUACACCAGGCUUAUUUGCAUUUUCCGGCCCGCAGAACGCUAUUGUUACGCCACCACAAAAUACACCAGCGCAGCUAUGGUCAAGUGGGAAAGGCGUCUCACCUCCAAGUUUUGGCUCCGGUCUGUUUCCAUCAGUGAAAAAUACUCAGCAAAAGCAACCUGAACAGACUGGAACUGGUUAUGUGAAUCCUCCUACGUGCAUCAGAGAGAAGCCUGUACAAGCUAUUGAGACUACUAGAGCAUCAGCGUUGAGCAUUCUAACUCCUCCGCUAGGCCAAAGUCAGGACGCUGAUGAAGGGGUAGAAAAAAUCGAUCCCCUACCGUCUAUCCGUGCCUCUCAGCUGUCACUACAAGUGAAAUCUUCCUUCGAAAAGUCCUCUAAUCAUCAGCAGCACAAAACUCCGCUCAAUGCUGGACCUCUGAGACUUGAGCAUGCCAUGUCAAAGCAACCCAGUAAUAUAAAUGAGAUGGCCAGAGAAAUGGAUGCCCUUUUACAGUCCAUUGAAGGACCAGGUGGUUUCAAGGAUUCUUGCACCUCAUUACUUACAGGUCAUAUUGAAGAAUUGGAGCAAGGACUUGAAAUUCUUGCUGGCAAGUGCCAAACGUGCAAGAGCAUAACUCACGAGCAGCAAGGAGAGAUCCAACAUCUUCUGGACAAAACAAUUCAAGUUUUGGCAAAGAAGACAUACAUGGAAGGCAUGUAUAAGCAAACUUCGGAUGACCAGUAUUGGCAACUUUGGAACCGCCGGAGGUUGAAUCCUGAGCUUGAAGCCAAACGGCAGCAUAUUGUGAAACUAAACAAGGAUUUGACUCAUCAACUGAUUGAACUAGAGAGAUAUUUUAAUCGGCUUGAACUGGAUCGCUACCAAGACGAUGGAGGACUUCCUCUGGCCGGAAGAGGUGUGCCAAAUAGGUCUGCUCCUUCAAGACGUGUGCAAUCCCUUCAUAGCCUUCACAACACAAUGAGUUCCCAAUUGGCAGCUGCUGAGCAACUCUCUGACUGUCUCUCAAAACAAAUGACCUUUUUGAAAAUUGAUUCACCUGUCAAAAAGAAUGUGAAGCAGGAGUUGUUUGAGACAAUCGGGAUCCCUUAUGAUGCUUCAUUCAACUCGCCAGAUGCUGUAAAAGCCAACAAUGCAUCGUCAGCUAAAAACCUAUUACUCUCUUCGAUUCCUGCAAGUAUAAAUGCACAGUCAAAACAACGCCAGUCAUCUGGUACGAAAAGUUCUGACCCUGAAACUGCCAGGAGAAGGAGAGAAUCAUUAGACAGGAACUGGGCUGCUUUUGAGCCUCCGAAAACAACUGUCAAAAGGAUGCUUCUGCAGGAGCAACAGAAGACGGGUACGAACCAACAGAUUUUGUCGAGUGAGAGAUUACGGCCUAAGGUUAAUACACAAGAGCAAUCACUGCUUCGCCUGAAGGAUCAUGCAUCACCUGUAGUCUCCUCGAAUAAGGGAAUAAUGAAAUCAUUCCAACAAAACACAUCUGAAGCUCAAUCAACCCCGUUCAAAUCAACGCCAGCUAUGCCACAAUCUAACAGCCCCUUUAACCUCUCUCCAACACCGACUGUAUUUGAACAGACAGAAAAGAAGGCUGGAGGAUUUAAAUUUUCUGAAGGCAAGGCAAAUAUGUUUCCUGAUAGAUCUGCUGGAAGUGUGCAGCAGCAGCCUACUGGUGCACCUGUGCAAUCACAGUUUGGUUUCAAUACCAAUAGCAGUAUGCCUGGAAACAGAUUAACUUUUCCUGCUGCAAUUGUAUCAGCUUCAUCUUCACCUUUGUCCAGCACGUCUCUUGCUUCCGUUUCCACCUUACCUACACCGUCAUCACGUUCAUUGCCAUCCUCUCCGAAAGAUUCAGUUUCAGUUCCAACAUCUAUUCCCAUCAGCUUAGCAUCACUCCCACAAACACUUUCAGUUGCGCCGACAUCUACAGUUUCAGCUACAGGGAUCAGUGCUCCAUUUGGUAAAUCGUUGACCAGUGCCAGUUUAGAUCUCAAUCAAGCAGCUACGUCAACACCUUCUCCAUCACCUGGCCCUACAGCUGGUUUCUCUUUUAAGUUACCAGCUUCGUCUCCAUCGUCCCCUGAAAUUGUCUCAUCUUCAACAGGCCAAUCUUCGGUUUUUCCAUCUUCGACAGCAUCACAAGUGUCAACUAGUCUGGUCUCUGCAACCAGUUCCCCAACAGACAGCAAUCGUUUGUUUUCAUCAACCUCUUCAUCUUUAACUCCCCCUAUUACUUCUACCGCUCCUGGCGCGUUUAAGUUUUCUCAAGUUUCUACCCCGUCGUCUGCUGUGUCCACUGCAGAGCCAGUCUCGGAACCUAAAAAACUAGAGACUCAAAGUUCCUCAAUUCUAAGUACGGGAAGUACUGCAGAGCCUGUAGCAAAGGCAACAACAUCACAGACUGAGCUGCUGCCGGUGAAAAGUGAAAUUUCGACCUCAGAGACUACAGUAACAACCCCUGUCAGUACAUCUGGGUUCCUUUCUGGAUUUUCAUCCGCAACACAGUCUAGUCCUGUAAGUAUGGCGCCUCCUUCAUUCAGUUGGCCUGGUAGUUCUCAGCCGCAACAGCCAUCGCCAACACCUGUCUCUUUCCCUACAUCCUUUUCAACUUCAGCAAGUCCAUUGGGUGAGAAAAAAGACACUGUAGAUACACAGGAAGAUGAAAUGGACGAAGAAGCUCCAGAGGCUAGCCCGGCGGCUGAACUUAGUAUGACUGGUUUUGGAGGUUUUGGGCUUGGGUCAACUCCAAACCCGGCUGCUCCCAAAUCAAAUCCAUUUGGUGGUUCCUUUGGUAAUGCUACGACAGCAACAAGUAAUCCGUUCAAUAUGACAGUCCCCAGUGGCGAGCUAUUCCGGCCUGCAUCAUUCAGUUUUCAAAAUCCUCAACCAUCUCAACCGACAGGUUUUGGCGGGUUUUCUACAACGCCUUCUCAAACUCCCACUCAGGGCGGAUUUGGCCAACCGUCGCAGGUUGGCGUAGGACAGCAAGCUCUAGGAUCGGUACUGGGUUCAUUUGGGCAGUCGAGGCAGAUUGGUGCUGGUCUCCCAGGAGGUACGUUUGGUUCUCCUACCGGAUUUGGUGGCUCUAGCCCAGGAAGCGGCCUCCCAAAUGCACCAGCAUCUGGUGGUUUUGCAGCUGCUGGCUCCAGUGCUACUGGUGGCUUUGCUGCCAUGGCUUCAACUGGUAGGGGAUUCGCAGGUGCUUCUUCCAGUCCAACUGGUGGAUUCGCUGGCUUAGCCUCAGGUAGUGGUGGUUUCGGCGGUGCUGCUCCAGGAUCCGGUGGUGGUGGAUUUGGUGGAGUUGGUUCAGGCUCGGGAGGGUUUGGAAGCUUUGCUCCUCCUAAUAGUGGAGGUUUUGCUGGAGCAUCAGGAGGUGGUGGUUUUGGGGGUUUCGCUGGGCAAGGGCAAGGCGGUGGUGGUGGGUUCUCAGGGUUUGGUGGGAACACGGGAGGAGCAGGAGGAAAGCCAUCGGAACUCUUCACACAGAUGAGAAAAUGAGACGAAAGAUAUAUUGUAUAUGUUAAAAUGAGUAUGGCAUGCGAGCAAAGUCUCUGAUUCACUUUAGAUCUAAUCUGGUAGCUAUGUCGAGUUUUUUAUGUUAUCUACAUUAAUGAAAACGUUUGUUUGUGUACUCAAUUUCUUAGUUAUGUCAGCGGACCCAUGCUGGACUAAACUCCCACGUGGCUCAUGCCUUUGAUCA